AUGGCUCGAACAAAAACUGUGCAGCGCUCGAGCUCGGUUACAAGAGCAUUGAGUGACACACUAUCACAGCAACCUAAAGAAACCGAGACGCAAUUGGCUGAACAACCCGAGGCGAACGAGCCCGCGACAGCAACGACGAAAACACCCGUGACGAACUUGCCCGCGACGGAGAAUGCAUUCCUGGCGGAGACGAUUAAGACACCGGCAUCGGAGAGUCCGGUAGAACAAGAAACGAACGACGACGAACUGUCAGCGACGCGUGUGGAAACUACCACGGGAACGCAGACAACGUCGGCAGCAACGACGAUAAUUACUUCGGUGAUGACUUCGACAGUUACCCAACCCACGCUUCUCACAGCGGCAGGAUCGAUGGCGUCGAGGGCUGGCGGCCAAGGCUCAGCUGGAACGUUGAACCGGCCGGCGGCACAUGCAUCGACGCAGCAAGAUAAGUUGACAAUGGGCACAACGGCGACGUUACUCAGUGCGCUACAGUGGAUUAUGACGAUAGUGAAUCGUCUAGAGACGAGAAUAAACGACGUUGAAGCGGCUCAGGUUCCAUCGCACGAACAGCAAUCGACAACGCUACCCAUAUCGACUACGACGAGGAGCCCGGACACGGCUGAAGCUGCCGUUACGACCAGCGUUAAACGAAUGACCGCGGCCGUAGAAGCGCAACUCCAUAUGAUGACUUCGUCGGAAAGCCAGGCAACUGAGGCAGUGACGCCGACGGUAACCAAUUUGGCAAUGGACGCACCACCGCAGAACGUAGUUCCUGGCUUGGAACAACCGUUGGUUGCAUUGCUGGAAACCAUUAACGCGACGAAUCCGACCGCAGCAACAGUGGCAAAAUGGGGAACCGCAGCACGUGCUAGACCUGCAGUACCUCCGGGACCUGGUGAUGGUGAUGGCGGUGGUGGAGGUAGUAGUGAUGAUAGUGACUACAGCAGUCGCAGCGAAGACAAUGACAACUCCAGUGCCGAUGACCUCUGUGGACGACGACCAACAACGAAGACAUGGACGAGGAGACGUGCGUGA